AUAAGGUCGGUACCUCAGAUCAACAGGACCACACGGCUCCGCAUUAUAUAAACACCCAGCAGCGGAGAGGCCGAAGCACGAAAUCUACUUACGUUGCGUUUUCGUCAUUCUCUAGGAGCAGGAAGAACGAAGGAGAUCGUAAUAUGGGGUUGAAGGAAGAUUUCGAGGAGCAUGCUGAGAAAGCCAAGACCCUGCCAGAGACAACCACAAAUGAAAACAAGCUUAUACUCUAUGGGCUAUUCAAGCAGUCCACUGUUGGACCAGUGAACACCAGUCGUCCUGGAAUGUUCAACAUGAGGGAAAGAGCAAAGUGGGAUGCGUGGAAGGCUGUUGAAGGGAAAUCGAAGGAUGAAGCAAUGAAUGAUUACAUAACCAAAGUGAAACAGUUGCUGGAAGAAGCUGGGGCAUCUGCUUGAUGUCUUCUUGUUGAUGCCUGAUGCCAUUUGGUUGUGUGUUUUAGAACCUUAAAUGGAAUUGAAAAUAAUCAUCUGUAGCUUUCGGACCGGUAAUUUGUUAUAUCUGAAUGGUAUGGAAGUGCUUAUGGCAAAUUGUGUUGGUAUUAAAUA